ACUUGUUCAUUGAGAGGUUUUGUAUGACCGGGGGGAGCAGUCCCAUUGGCUACCUGAAGGCCUGGCACACUAACCUCUACCUCUCUGCUGACUCGGAGAAGGUCAGGGAGGCGCUUGCUGAAGGCAUCGCAGCAGCUACCAUGUUCUUGCCAGAAAAGCAGUCAGAGGUAUCACAGUCGCAGCUGAGGGUAGCAUUUGAUGGUGAUGCCGUCCUCUUUUCUGAUGAAUCUGAGCGCAUCUUUAAGGCCCAUGGGCUGGACAAGUUCUUUGAACAUGAGAGGGACAAUGAAGACACACUGCUUGAUCAUGGUCCACUUAAGGGCUUCCUGGAGGCACUGGGGAAGCUCCAGAAAAAGUUUUAUGCAAAAGGCCAGCGCCUAGACUGUCCCAUCCGAACAUACUUGGUCACAGCUCGUAGCGCAGCCAGCUCUGGGAUCCGGGCACUGAAGACACUCAGGGCCUGGGGCUUGGAGAUUGAUGAAGCCUUGUUUCUCGCUGGAGCACCCAAGGGCCCCAUGCUGGAGAAGAUAAGGCCCCACAUUUACUUUGAUGAUCAGAUGUUUCAUGUGGAAGGAGCAGCUGAGAUGGGAACCAUUGCUGCCCAUGUGCCCUAUGGCAUUGCACAGAAACAUAAUGCAAAACAAAACGCCAGUGCUGGCAAGUAGACAUGGGGACUUUAGAUGCUGUUGGCCCAGUGUGAGACGAACUAUGGGACGGAGAAACAUUUAAGAGAAGAGCAAAGGGAGGUUUCAGAGAGCUUGAAAGGCUGAAACUGAAUUGUAUGUGAAAUACGUCACUACUGCAUUGUAGCAAAUUUUUUUUGUAAGUAUUUAUCAAAAUGCAGACUGUCUAAGCUUAUUGCUGAGAUGAGGAGUUGGUCAAAUUGAGGUCUGGAACCUGAGAUGACCUGGAUGCAAAGUAUCCCAGCUUUACUCUUCAUAGGGUCAUUCAACUAAAUAAAAAAGUGUUUUAUCAAAUAUAGCUUUAUACAGACAUUGUGAAGGAUUCUGUCAUUACUAAUUGUCCUGAUAAUGGAGAGACCUCCAUGACCACCAUCAGAAGCAUCAAAAGAAAGUAGAGAUAUUAUAGGUCAAAAAGGAUUGUGAAAUAAUGAAGCACAUGAAGAGUCAUGAUUUUAAAAUGAAUUAUUUUGCACAGUUAGACUUCACAAGAAUGUAAAAUUGUUUGUUUGCAGCUAUACAAAAUGUGUCGUAUUCAGAAUAUUUACUUGACAUUGUAUCCACCACUGUGUAAGUCCUAGACAAGAAAGCCAUACAAUUCAUUUGGUGCCUUAGUAUCAAUGAACACACUGAUAUUAGUCACGUUAGUGGCAAUUUGGUUGGUGUUUUACAUUUUUUCCAGAGGGAAGUAUCUGUUAGUGAUAGUGUGCUUUAAGGUACAGACACAGUUGGACUGGGAACAAACAUUGGCCCCAGCUGUUUAUAAGACCAUGCAUAGGCUUUGCUCUUUCAGGCAAAAAUACAACCUCAUUCCUAUAAAGCUGGAGCCCUGUUUACAAAACUCUGAAAUCCCAUAUUUGCCUUUUAAUAGCACAAAGACCACCAUGUCAAUUCAAGGCUUGAUGCAAGGACUACUUGUCGCGGUUGAAGUCUGCAAAAUACGUCACAAGAUGAAUGUUUUUUAACAUAAAUUUGCCAAACGUUCUUGGGAUGUCAUCGUCCAAAGUUCAUGAUAUUAUUAAAAGAUUCAGAGAAUCUAAAUAAAUCCCUCUAUGUAGACCACAAGGCCCAAAAACAAUGUUGGGUGGCUGUGAUCUUCAGGCUCUCAAGUUGGCCCUACAUUAAAAACAUUAGAAACGAUUCUGUUGUGGGCAUCACUGUUUGCGCUCAGGAGCACUUCCAAAUCCAUUGUCACAAAUGGGAGCUAAAAAUCUAUCAUGCAAAGAGGAAACAGUAUUAAAACCAGAUCCAGAAUGCCACCAACUACUAUGUUCCAGACUUAUUUAAAAUGGAAAGAGGCAAAGUGGAAAACCGUCCUACAUCAAGCAAAACUGCAACAACAUUUCACAUUACAGAAAUUGGUCCCCUCGCUCCCAAAACAUAUAAAAAUAGUUGUUAAAUAAAACAGUGAUGCUCUGAAUGUGUAAGGACGCAUUCUCUGGCUUCUCACUGGGGUUGGUGAAUGAAUCACCUAAGUGCAGAGUCAGGUAUGUUUGUGGCUGAUUGGCCUUGAUUAAAGCCAGGUGUGAGUUUUAAGGCCUCCCAAGGCAGCCUUUACUUUUGUGAAUUGUUUCUGGGUCUCCCGGACAAUUUAGUUUCGAGUCAGCUGAUUGGCAGCAGUGGUUUAGUUAAUAAUUCUCGGUGCAUUAGUUAGAAGGGUGUUUUGGCUCUAUAUUGUUUCAUUGUUCCCUACACCCCCCCUCCAAUCUAUCGCUUGGUUAUCCUUCUUGGAUAACUUUAAGACACCCUUGGGUCCGCACCCGUUUUCCUGACAGAAUGGUCAGCAUGUCUUGUGUUUUCUUUCUACCAUGGUCAAUCAAAUAUGGGGUUUCAAUGUUUUGCAAAUCAUGAGAUACUGUUUUCUUUUUACACAACGUGCCAACUCUUUAUGAAUUGGAGUUCUAUUUUUUUUGCCCAAUAACUGGAAAGUAAAAGAAGAAGAAAUCCAUUCAAUUAAAUGUCAGCCUGGUCGCUAAUGUAAAGCAUUUCAAUUGUGCAGGUAAUUUAAGUAAAGACACAAGUUUUUGAUAACACAUCACACUCAAAAUGCAGCCAGCUUGGUUUUACUGCCCUCUCCUGCACAUGGAGGCUAGUUACACAAAACCACAUAGAUUUGGUCCUUGACUGACAUUUGCCCUGAAAUGAUGGUGAGUUUUUGGAGGAUAAGGAUUUAGCUCCAUAGAACUUCAGAGUGACAUUUACGACUAGAUGCUUGCACACAGAGUAAUGUUUGAACCUUAUAUGCAACCAAUUACGAUGAGUUUAUUUACACUUAAAAAAGGUAAUGCUACAAAAUAUUGUACAAAAAAGUGAAUCCAGGUACUUCCUUUGCUCAUUGACAGAAAUAGCUUAGGAUUCAUUUAUUUUUCUGUGAUAAAACCUUUAAGAUAAACCUAAAAGACAUUUAUGUGCACUCCUUCACUUUGCCAUGGAGUGGCAGCACCUGAAUGAUAAAUGACUUCAGCAACUUGUGUUCACUCACCAUAUUCAGUCUUCAUUUGGGAUGAAAUACAUUAUGUUGGACAUGUUUCACUUGAGAUGAUUAUAAAACUUCACAUGCACACAUAAAAGUUAUC